AUCUAUGUGUUGACUGUAUGUGUGUCUCCUGCAGAACAUGGAUAAAAUGCAGCUUCCCUCUGUGACGCUGAUGGUGGGCUGUGGAGUCUCCUCUCUCACCUUGCUGCUCCUCAUCAUCAUCUAUGUGUCGGUCUGGAGGUACAUUCGCUCCGAGCGCUCCGUCAUCCUCAUCAACUUCUGCCUCUCCAUCAUCUCCUCCAACGCCCUCAUCCUCAUUGGUCAGACGCAGACACGGAACAAGGUGAUCUGCACGCUGGUCGCUGCUUUCCUGCAUUUCUUCUUCCUGUCGUCGUUCUGUUGGGUUCUGACAGAGGCGUGGCAGUCAUACAUGGCCGUGACUGGCCGGCUGAGGAACCGCAUCAUCCGCAAGCGAUUCCUGUGUCUGGGCUGGGGUCUACCUGCUCUGGUUGUGGCAGUCUCUGUGGGAUUCACCAAAGCUAAGGGAUAUGGCACCGUCAACUACUGCUGGCUGUCUCUGGAAGGUGGUCUGCUUUAUGCGUUUGUGGGACCGGCUGCCGCUGUAGUCUUGGUUAACAUGGUUAUCGGGAUUCUCGUAUUUAACAAACUGGUGUCCAAAGACGGCAUUACUGAUAUGAAACUGAAGGAGAGGGCAGGUCAGAUGACAGUACCACUGUACAAUAUGACGCUCAAAUGUGCCAAGUGCGGAGUUAUCUCGUCGGCUGACGUUUCUACCACAGCUACCAGUAACGCCAUGGCGUCGCUGUGGAGCUCCUGUGUGGUUCUGCCUCUCCUGGCCCUCACCUGGAUGUCUGCUGUCCUGGCCAUCACCGACCGACGCUCCUCCCUCUUCCAGAUCUUGUUCGCUGUGUUUGAUUCGCUGGAAGGCUUUGUCAUCGUCAUGGUGCAUUGCAUCCUGCGCAGAGAAGUUCAAGAGGCAGUGAAGUGUCGGGUAGUGGACCGCCAGGAGGACGGGAAUGGAGACUCAGGGGGAUCUUUCCAGAACGGACACGCUCAGCUUAUGACUGAUUUCGAGAAAGACGUCGACAUGGCUUGCAGAGGAGGUAAGAGUACCGGCAAAAAAAAGAGUACUCUGAAGCGUUCCUCUCUCCAGGGUGAUGAGAAGCCAUCCUCCCAGCCCCUGACCCUUCAGAAGGGCUCUAACUUCAACACCAUGCCUGCCAGCAUGGCCAAGGUCCACCUCCAGAAUGUGGCAGACUACCCCAGUCAUACUCUCACCCUGCGCAGGGAGAAGGGUGGUGCCACCAAGGGCAUCAGCACCGAGCUGCCGGGAGCCAAGUCCAUCUACAUCUGUGACGGGGAGCUCUUUAAACAGCUGGAUGGGGAGCUGUCUCCACGGGGGACAGGGGAGGCCGGGGGGCCUGAGGGCACAGGGUACAUCAUCCUGCCUAACAACAACAACACUGGCACCCUGGGGCGGCCCGGAAAGGGCAGCAAGGAGGACACGACGGCCAAGUACAACAUCAGCAUUGAGCAGCAGAUGCCCCAGACCAGACUCAUCCACCUGGCCAACUCGGCGGGGGUGGAGGGCGUCCCGGGUUUCGCGCUGAAGAGCCUGCCUGCAGACCUGGUCAGUGUCUCCUGCUCAGAGAGGGAGUCGCCCGUCCACAACAUGCAGAACGUCUCCGGAGAAUCCCACAUGACCAACAGCAUGUGUGAACAGGGUGAUUCUGGGAACUCUGGAAUGAUGUCCAAGAGCGAGACCGUGUCCACGCUCUCCAUGAGCUCCCUGGAGAGACGAAAAUCCCGCUACGCAGAGCUGGAUUUUGAGAAGAUCAUGCACACACGGAAGCGUCACCAGGACAUGUUCCAGGACCUGAACAGGAAGAUCCACAGUGCAGACCAGGACAGGGCGUCUCCGCCUGGCGAUGGGAAGGCAGGGAAGAGGUGGAGUGUGUCCUCAGCAGGCAGCGACAAGACCAUCAUGAGCGACAAGCAGCAGACACCCAGUAAGAGAGCCUGGGAGGGCAUCAGGAAGACCCAAUCUCCCCCGUCGUGGAUGAGGAAGGACCUGGAGCCCUUGGCGGCCUCUCCCCUGGAGCUGCAGAACGUGGAGUGGGAGAAGGCCAGCGCCACCAUCCCUCUGGUGGGACAGGAGCUCAUGGACCUGCAGACAGAGGUGUGAGACUGAGACAGAGAGACAGAUGGAGAGAGAGACAGAGAGCAGCCAACCCCGUCCCCCAGCCCAGCUCUCAGACAGACAGACUUCGUCCCUUCUCGCAGCUCCACAUCUCAAUCUGGGAACCAAUGACCAACGAUCAAUGACCAACGAAACGGGCAGUGGUGAGAGAGAGAGAGAGAAAGAGGGAGAGAGAGAGAGAGAGUGAGAGAAAGAGAGAAAGAGAGAGAAAGA